GAACCUGUUUUAUACAAAACCUGUAACAAACAGUCAAAUGGGUAAAGCACACAACAAAGAAGACGGAGCCAGGUUAACGCAUCGGAACCUACCUUACCUAAACUUAAUUAUUACCCUCGGUCUCGGAGAAUAUUUUUAAGCAACGUCUAUGCUCAUGUUUGUUCGCUUCAAAUGUAAGACGUCUUGACCAACUUCGAAAUUCUUGCAUGAAUAAAUAUACCGCUGAAUGCGUGUGGGACCAUGAAGUUUAGGUAAAUGAAUGUAAAAGAUAGACGAUGAUGGAGAUAGAUUCGGUGAGGGUCGAGUCGAGUCUGUGGAUCGGUAAUAAGCGGUACAGGGCUUUCCUAAGCGGAUGGUACUUCAGCUGGACUGAGAUCGACAAGAGGAACCGGGAGAAGAAAACAAUUUCAGUGCCAGUGUCAGAGGUGAUUGGGGUGAAGGAGGGCCAAGUCGAGAUCCAACCCCAGAAGAAAGUAGAAGACACUGACCUUGACUUUACACUAUUCUAUGUGAAGCGCGGCAGCAAAGGAAACGGUAUUGGAGCACCGAGGAGUCUAGGCAGGACCCAGUUCUGCUGUCCAAGCCGGGAUGUCCGGGAUCAAUGGAUCACUCAACUCCGAACCGCGCUCAAAACCCACAGUCCCUCGCGUCCUCACAGGUUGUUGGUGUUCAUUAAUCCUUUUGGAGGGAAGAAGAGGGGGAAACAGAUCUUUCACUCUCUAGUGGCCCCUCUGUUCGAGCUGGCUGGCAUCAGCUCUCAUGUUGUGGUGACUGAACGAGCAAAUCAGGCCAGAGAUUACAUCCUGAAGAAAGACUUAACAGGGUUUGAUGGAGUCAUAUGCGUGGGUGGAGACGGUAUGUUCAGCGAGCUGCUGCACGGUGUGAUUGGACGAACCCAGCAGGAGGCGGGAAUUUCAGAACACGACCCGACUGCAAUGCUCCGGCCGUGUGACCUCCACAUUGGCAUUAUUCCAGCAGGCUCGACAGAUUGUGUGUGUUUCACUACCGUAGGCAUAAAUGACCCUGUGACAUCGACGCUGCACAUCAUCAUUGGAGACUCUCAGCCUCUGGAUGUGUGUUCUGUCCAUUAUCAGUCAACACUGGUGCAUUAUUCAGUCUCUAUGGUGGGCUAUGGUUUUUAUGGAGAUGUUUUGGCAGAGAGCGAGAGGCACCGCUGGAUGGGCCCUCUCAGAUAUGAUUAUUCAGGUUGUAUGGUGUAUUUGUGUAACAGGAGUUAUCCGGGACUAGUGCAAUAUAUCCCUGCUGAUUCCCAUAUCUCCAGCCCAAGGGACAACACUCGCUGCCUCUCAGGGUGCCGAGUAUGUUCAGAGAGCAAAGAGAGGCUGUUCCCCCACUUUGACAGCUCCAGUUCCCUCUACAGCACUACUGUGAGCCAGUACAGCAGUGAGUUAGAGGGUGAGUGGGUGACUGUUGAAGGCAGGUUCAAGUGUAUCUCUCUCACCUGUAUUUCAAGCUCAUGUCCAAGGAGCCCAAAGGGUCUUUCGCCGUCCGCUCACUUGGCCGACGGGACAGCAGACCUCAUCCUGGUGCGAGAAACGAACCCUCUGGGCUUUCUCACGUAUCUUCACAGGCACACAAACACACAGGAUCAGUUUGACCUGCCCUUUGUUGAAGUUCAUCGUGUCAAGGCUGUUCGGUUUUCUCUACCCCCUGGAGAAGAAGAAGAGGAGUAUGAGGAGGGUGAUCGAGAAAUACAGACCUCCGCUGAGAGAGUACUGGAGGAUCCGGAGAAACUGAGCGGUGGUAACACUGCAGGUCACUCACAGCAGCGUUUUUCAGCGAGGAAGGAGAGAGGAAAUGUGACAACGAGUAGAGUAAAGAGACGAGGCUUCGUGUGUGGGCCUUGCUGUGCUAAACCUCGCUCGAUAUCAGUGUGGAACUGUGAUGGAGAACUUCUGCCUCACACCGAGAUCUCAUGCAGAGUUCAUGGCCAGCUGGUGCGUCUCUUUGCCAGGGGCAUCGAGGAUUCAGCAGUGCCAUGAAACCAAUCUAACAAAUGAGAUGUGAUCAACCAAACAGAUCUUCACGAGGACUUCAUUGGAAGGGAGAUAUAAUGUAAAUAAUAUGCAUGAUGGGUGAGAGUCUUAAAAGGUGAACGUAUAAGACACACAGUGAAGCAGAGAUGUCAUUUAAGCUAAUUUCCCAUUUGUUAACCCGAUAUUUCAGCCGUUCUAUUUUCAUGGAAAUAUCGAGAAUAGUGAUACCAUUAACAUAUUUGGGUAAUGGAUCAGUUUUAGAUUUGUAAUAAUAUUGUUUAUUUCACUGAUUUUAUAGCUUUUUUGCAGAGCAAAAAAGGAUUCAUGCAAUGUUUUAGUGUAAUCCGACAGGUAAUGUUAAAUGUUGUCACAUUUAUUUAAGAAAGGUUUUGCACUGGUUGUCUGUCUAGGGCCUGUACUGUGUAUGGGAGUGACAUGGGAGUCACAAACAGAGUGAAUAACAUGUUUUAAGGGAGUGGACUCAUUUCAGGCAGCAUUCUAACAGCUCAGCUGGAAUGUGCAUGUACAGGAUGCCAAUGGGUUUUGUGUUCAAAAUCAUGAAUGAAUAUAUGUGUGUUUGUCCAAAUAAAGUGUCAUAAAUGUCUACC